UACUUGUUUUUGAUUAUUGAUACAUUAACUUAUAAUGUAAUCAAAUUUCUUGAAAUGAUAUAAAUGAAUAAAAUGUAAAGAAAAGCAUAUAAGAUUAAUGUUAGUUCGAUAUAUUUGUAAAAGAAUCAAACAUUAAAAUAUAGCCACUAAAUGCAUUUGUCGUAGUUACUGCAUUGGCUACGUUCCACCGAUGCAUUAUCGGAUAUUUGGUGCAUCGUAGGAGAGACGUGUGAUGCACCAAUUAUCAAACGAAGCCAGAUCGAUAAUAUGUGUGCGGCUACUUGGAGGAAAUUGAUAUAAAAAAAUUAUACUGAAAUGCCUAUAAAAGAGAUACUUUACUUAUUCAUAAAGACAUAUGCAUCGAAUAUAUACAUACCCAUGCAAGCAAAAAAAAAAAGAAAAAAAUUCGAUACUUCACAUAAAUGUCCUCCAUAAAUUUCACAGAGUGAAACGAUAACGAAUCGUGGACUUUCGAUGAAUUAACCGCUUUCUCGAAUUCCGUAUCGAGAGUAUCGAGAUUUAUGUUAUCCAUUCACAGCCUAGAUUAAACGUAUCUAUCGUGUCUUCAUUUUCUGGGUCGGUCAUAUUUUCAAGAAAGUAUGCCUUUGAAAAGAAAAAGAAGUAGAAAAAGGAUAAUAAUAGGUCUAAUGAAAAAAGAUAAAAGAGAUUACAGUUCGAUAUAAAUUUUCGGAGACAGAAAAAAAACUGUCUCAUAGGGUAUCCAGUCUCGAAAGAACGAGACGAAAAGGAUACGAGAAAGCAUCGGAAGAAACAAGAAAGAAAGUCGCGACUGCUUCGAAGAGGGAGGAAAUGCUGUAAAUGGAGUAAAAUGUGGGCGGAGAGCGAUAGUGGCGGCGGCGUGGCGCUGUUAGCCAUGGUGGGGUGUGAGAUAGGGGUGGGGGUGCCACUGCGAAGGGUCGUUCGAGGCGCCGCUCGAGGGAGGACAUCAGUCGACGUAAGGACGUCUACCGAUGUAGAUGUUUUCAUUCUUCUUAUCUACCUUCCGAAUGCGGAAAAAAGAGUUUAUAGCAUCUCAAGAUGCGAGAGUGUAAGAAAAGUGUAUAUUUUUCGUGAAAUUAAGUGAAACAAGCCGGUUACAGGUGGCAAAAUUCAAUUUUGGAAUAUUAUAAGUGGAAUCGGUAUUGGUGAGUUUGAUCGAUGAUCAAGAUCUAAACGGGAAAGGUGAAGAAAAUAGAAAUUAAAAUGAUGACAAAUCCGUGAUUGUCGGAGGUCCUUCGAUCUAAGGAGGACAUGGCCAAGGGUAUGGUGAAGGACCAAGGCGAAUGUCCUUUAUACUGGGUCGAUGAUUCAGGGGGACAGCUAAGGUAUCUCCUACGAGCUGCCGCACUUUAUUUAACGGUAGUAGCAGCCUUGUGGUGCGUCCCUACCUGCCUCUAUGAUCGAAUUUCGGAGACUGGGCAAGCAGUUGUAUUGACAUUGGUGGAUACAGCAGCAGCAGAAUUGCAGAACCUAGCUGAGCCAAAAAUUGAACUCGAUUCACAUUCGUCCGUAAAGAAUUCGAGUACGAAGAGUAAUGAUAGGAGAUACCCCGAGGAUAUACACGAUGCUGAACCAUCCACGCAGAUACCGAGUCCUUCAACGAUCGAGGAAGAAAGUAUCGAAGAAGAUAACGAUACGAAUAUUUUGUCGGACGAGGAUGAACUUCUGGGAUUGCAUGGGACACCGCAUGGAAGAAAUGUUAACGAGAAAACUGCUGACAUCGUGGUGGUCGUUAGAGCCGAGCAACAAAAGGUCGCAAUGGAUGCCGUCGAUGCCGUUCAAUCAGAAGUUCGAUCGGAGGAGGAGGAAGAAGUCGAGCUACCAGAAGAUUUGGCCAAAGUCGAGGAAGCUUUUGGGACUGCAUCCGAGUUGAACGAUACCGCAGCGAGAGUUCGAUUGAUCAGUGGAGGCAAUAGGGACGACGUGGCUGCUGCAGUGAUCAUCGAUGGUCUCGUUGCAUCUGGGCCAUCCGACUCGCACGAGGAUAUACCAUCUUUUAGCGAAUGGGCACAGAAACGAUUGGAGGAGGCAGAAAAGAAGAAGACACAUCCAAACGCCUCGGUGCAAAAUCCAGGAGGACCAGGUCGAGGUAUGGGCGGUAUGAAGGUCCGUUCGAAGAACUAUGCUUCUCCGGAUUGCGGUGCGAAGAUCGUUGCUGUUAAUCCGGAAGCUCAACACGCUAAAAGCGUAUUGGCUGCCACGAGGGACGAGUACAUGUUGAAUACUUGUACCUCACGCGUCUGGUUCGUGGUAGAACUCUGUGAAGCCAUUCAGGCAAAGAAAAUCGAGUUGGCAAAUUUCGAACUGUUUAGUUCGUCGCCAAAGGAAUUCUCCGUUUACGUUAGCGAUCGUUUUCCAACGCGAGAUUGGAGUCCGGUUGGUCACUUCACCGCGAAAGACGAGAGAGACAUUCAAAGCUUCGCAUUGCAUCCUCAACUCUUUGGACAAUUUAUCAAAGUGGAACUUCAAUCUCAUUACGGUUCCGAACAUUUUUGCCCGAUUUCUCUCUUUCGUGCUUACGGUACGAGCGAGUUCGAGGUACUCGAAACGGAAACGGAGAAUCAGAUAUCAAGGGAAUCGAGUUCUGAUGCCGAAGACGACGAGGACAACGACGAAGAGGAGGUACUUGAUGCCGACGGUGUUCCUUCGAAUCUCUUUGGUAGCGCUAGGGACGCCGUUCUCAGUAUCGUUAAAAAAGCUGCAGAAGUUCUGGUUAAGUCUAGCGACUUGACUGGGAACAACAUAACGAAGAUUCAACAGAGCAUCGAUUCUGGCACCAUAUUAGAAAAUUCCUACGACAGUUGUACCACACCUAGAUAUACCAUUCUCUGUCCUAAAUGUUCCGAUCAAAAAUUUGCCAAAGUUUUUCAAUUGGUCGGCUGCAGGGAUCGACAAUUGGACGAUCUUCUGAAGAACCAUCUGGUGAACGAGACUCUUAGAGAAGAUGGAUUAUGUGCCGAUCAUGGCAUCGAUAUAUCCUCGAUCGAUCGAACGAAGGAAGAAAAUGGAAACAGAUCAAAAAGUAAGGCAAGAAAUCUUCAGGCAACAUUUUUCUCUUCCGUCUUCAAGCCUGAGUACAUAGUCGCGCUUUGCAACGUAUUGGCAACGAAAGAACGCAAAGUGGUGAUGAACACUAGCUACGAGAUCCCUGGCAGUGAAUCGGAGAACGUAACGCAGAAAGAUAGUAUAUUAAAAGCGGAAAUCACCGAUAAGAGCACCGACCUUCCUAUGGUAUCCCCUCCAUUACAAAUCACUACUACAUCUGUGACAUCUCCGAAGGAUACCAAACAACGUCAAGAAUCUUGUAAUGAAAAAUUGGACUCUACGACUUCAACAUUAGUCGGAAGCUUAUCCAGCAGCGAGAGUUUGGCUUUACAAAUAAAACCAACAAAAACUUUGAGCAAAGAGGAUCUAGGAAGAAAAGAGCCAUCUUUAUCUAGUUUGGAACCUAGCAAAGAAACGGCGGAAGAGACUUUACAAGGUGAAAUUAUUACAACUGCACCGCUUGUUAAAAAUUUACCAACGCCAACGUUGAAAGUCGUUGAAGAAUUGUCGAUCUUUGGAGCAACCGAAACGGCAACUCAAACUGUAACCAGUGUCCCAAUAGCAAAUUACGUUACUCAAGAAAUCAAUAACAAUCUUCCUUCGACUCUAAUUGAAUCCGGUGAAACUAUUACUCAGAGUAGAACUGAAAGGACAGAGAAAAGUGAAAACGUUGGAACGAAGAAAUUGGAACAAGUGGAAAUUGAUGGUAAAGGGAAGGGAGAGUCUAGUGAACAAGAAGGGAAAUUAUCUUCUCAAGAUCAUCUGAAUUUUGACACAUUGCUAUCGGAUUUGAAGGACUUAGAAAACGAUGCGAUCAAUUUGCAAAACGGACCGGCUGCUGCCUCGAACGCGCAACCGACUGCAAGUACGACACCACAGCAAAAAGAGUCCGUUUUCCUCAGGUUAUCCAAUAGAAUCAAGGCACUCGAAAGGAACAUGUCUCUGAGCGGUCAAUAUUUAGAGGAGCUGAGUCGACGUUACAAGAAGCAAGUGGAAGAAAUGCAACGUUCUUUGGAACGUGCUAUAACGGCGAUGAGCGAGGAGUCGAGAAAAGGUGAGGAACGUGAUUUAAAGAGACUCGACGAAAUCGCUGCUUUACGAGAAGAGAUCGCAGUACUCUCGAAAUCGGUCGAAUCGAUUCUACAUGAUCGAGACAGUUGGCGUGGAAGAUUCUCUGCUAUUGGCCAACACGCUCUUCUCAUUUGCCUCGAAGUAUUCGUGGUUAUUCUUAUCCUUUCUUAUUGUCGAAGAGCCACCGAUUACGAGGAGGAAGACGAAGAACAGGCAACGUCCAAGAAAAAUACAGCACGUAGAAAAAGUGUUGAAAAUCUACCGAACGCUUCAGCUAUUAGCAAAAAGAUCAAGAAACGACGACCCAGUGAGAUCGCCUCUCAUAUUUCAACCACUUAUCACGAUCUUAUGAUCGACGAUCACUGCCACGAAACCAAAAAGGAACGAAAAAGGAAACGUAAGAAGGAAGCAAAUGCAAAGAUCGUUGUUGGUAUUGAAGGAAAACGGGAAGCGAUCAAAUAUAAAAGUACUUCGAGUCUUGUACCACCGACGAAUACGUUCGUUUCAACGAAAAGAGCUUCGUCCACUGAUCCACCGAAAGUCGAAGAGAUACAAGUUCAACAUAGCCAAGUCAAAGACUCGAAAUACAUGACGAAUAUCACGAGCGGACUGACCAAUGAAGAUAAAAUGAUUUAUAGUAUGAAAGAAUCGGAAACGACUCGUGAAAGUAAUGUUAUGCUUAGUCGUUCAGAAGAUAAUGAUUUUAUCGAGACACGUUUGUUUUCAAUUAAUCCUGAUAGAUCUAUCAUACCUGUCUCUACCUCACAGACUACUGAUUUUUCCAAAAAUGGCUCUUCCAAGUACGGUGGGAUAUUGAAGGAAGGAAAACUAAGUUCUCCGUCCUUCAUGAAGACAGCUUUAGGAGCAAGAAAAAAGAGAAGUUCGAUUAACAACUCUGGCCAAACGCAGCAAAGUAGUAAAGAAGAAAAAUGGGAAACUAAUUCGGGAAAUUCUUCGAGCGAUAGAUCGUCUCAUAAGGAAUCUCCUGAGACGUCGAGAACUGUUUUGGUACAGGUUGGCAACGUAAACGGUAGUGCUGCGAACGGUUCAUUGGAUGAAAGUGACGAAUCGAGAAGUAGUAGCGUUACUCCGACUUCGUGGAAAAAAGAGAAGAAAAGUAGCGGUCUAAAGAAGAUGCAAGCUAUUCAAAUGAUUCGAAGCUCAAACACAGAUAGAUCAAGAUAAUAUGCUAUGCUUCGAAUAUUUGUGCGAUAUUUGCAAUUAUGUGUAAAUAUAAUGAAAGCGAUAAUAUCGUAAUGAUUAUAUACGUCAUUUCAAAAAGUCCGUUCUUGUGCAUAUAAUUCUCGGAGGAUCCUCAGAGAAUAUGUUUUACAUAUUCUUUGAUCAUUAGAAAUAAUUAUAAAUGAGUUUUAAAGAAGUCUGUUUUUGAAGAUGACCUUUAAAAAAAAAAGAAAAAAGCCAUCAUAAAUUUCUAACAUAAUAUACGAAAUAAAUAAUUUAUCAUCAAAAUUUUAUGCACAAAAACGAGCUAAAAUAACAUCAACAAUUAGCUUUAAGUGAUAUCGUUUCAAAUAAGCCUGAUAUGUAAUGUUAUAGCAUUUGAAAACUGAAAUAACAACAUUAUAAAAGAAUUAGUUAAGAUUAGUUCAAUCACAAUAGAUAGUUAUGUUUAAUAAGAGAAAAAACAUUUACUUCUAGAUUAACUGACCGCUUAUUCUCACCGAUUUGAACGAU